GUUGUUCUCCAUCUUCUCUCGUGACCAUACUUCUUUCGCUGCUCGUGUUGUUUUUUCUUUCCUAUCUCUCGCUGUCGUGUGCUUCCGUUAGUCUGCUGGAACCGAUUCCUCCUGCGGGACCCAAGGACCAGAUCUACCCAGCGUUCCAGCCGUCACGACAACCAUCCACCGGAAGAGGGACUGUGCGACUAGAUUCCGUGCAGCUUCUGAGUACACUCCCGUCUCAGGAGCGGUGUUGGGGCGUGAUUUGGCGUCAGACGUACCGCUCUACGCCUCAGAGGCUGAGCUUGAGUCACACGCCAAACGUAGAUAUACCGUGGCUCGCCUGAAAGACGCUUCGCUUCCGCUUCCUCUAUCGCCUGCGUGGGAAGAGCGGCGCUGCUUGCAACGGCUCUACUAUGUCUUUACAGGGCCUACUCUCCGUAGCAGGCGCUUUCGAACCCCAACUUCCACCACAUUGCGAGCCCGCAAACGCAUUUCUUUACCGACUCUCUUCGACGUUUCACACCUGCGUUCCCUCGAACCUCGCUCUCGUGUCGACACUUCUAGGAACGUGCAGCAUAAUAGCAUGGCUCUUCGCGCAACUGCCGCAAAUCUAUAAGAAUUUCAAGCUACACUCGACGUCGGGCUUGAGCGUCUUCUUUCUUGGAGAAUGGCUCUUGGGAGACUUGUCGAACUUGUUGGGUUGCUUGUUCACGGGGCAGGCGACAUGGCAGAUUGUCAUAGCAUCGUAUUACUGUUCUGUAGACUGCAUGCUCAUGGGACAAUAUAUAUGGUAUGAAUGGUUGAAGCACGGAAGGCCUCUGAGGAAGGUUUGGUGGCCUAGAAAUAAAGAGAACAACAAUAACAAGGAUGUGAUCGACGGGAUCUCGAUAUACAGCCAGUCAACUUUGGGUGACGAUUCAAGCUCGGUGGCCAGCAAACCUAUCGACACGCCUAUGAAGGGAACUCUAAGGCCAGAUGAUAUACGGGGUCAGUUUCGCAUGCCUAGAUACUCCGCUUCCCCGGCAGAAUAUUCGCUUUCUUCUUCGCUGAGCUCCACGCCACAGAGGGGUCUUCGCAUACCGGCAGGCUCAUCGCCAACACCUUCACCAAGAACAGUCCUCUAUAUCUCGCUUCUCCUCGCGGUAGUAGCACAAGCUUCGCCUUUACAUGCCGCCCAGGGGACAAAUGAGAUCGAGUUUACGGACCCUGUCUCCAUGGCAGGUACCGUUCUCUCAUGGCUUAGCACACUACUAUAUCUCGGAUCUCGCCUUCCCCAGCUGUACAAGAACCACAAGCGGAAGUCGACAGCAGGUCUCUCUCCCGCCCUCUUCAUUGCCGCGUUUUUCGGCAACCUCUUCUACAGCAGCUCCAUGCUCGCAAAUCCAAAUGCCUGGUCCGACUUUGAGCCGUACGGCGGAGGUGGCUGGGUCGGCGAAGAGGGUAACAACAGGGCCGAGUGGGUCGCCCGAGCCACACCUUUCUUCCUCGGUGCUGCCGGCGUCCUGAUUAUGGAUGCAUGCGUCGGGCUGCAGUUCCUCGUGUUCGGCGAGAUAGCACCGGAGCCGGUCAUUGUAGUCGAGGAGCGGAAGGGCAGGAGGUGGAGGUGGCGCAGAGUCAGCGGCUGGAUGCGAGGUUGGAUGCCUUCUGUGAGCGUGGCAGGCACUCCUGGAGUUCAGUCACCCAUUCUUAGGCCUCAUUCUGGGAGUGAUGUCGGCGAAAGAGAUCGUUUGUUGAUUGGUUCUUCUAAACAGCAGGUCUACGGAUCUGUAUGAAUUGACAGCAUGGAACGCGAUUCAGUACGUUUGAGAUUUCAAACCUUCGUCGGUGCAUAGCAUACAGGCGGGGCAUGGGCAUGGCGUUUGGUAUUGAAUGUUUGAUCAGAUAGACCUCAGGGAUACAGGAGACCGAAUAGCAUGUUGUUGAUUCAAUUAGCACUACAGCAGUGGAACUUAAAUCUUAC